GUGGGCUGGGUGGUGGUUGUGAUGGUGGUGGAAGGUGUUAGUGGUGGCGGCGGCGAGCAGCGACGCGAUGAUGGGAUUGGGCUACUUCACUCAGAGUUCAUGGUGAGCGGCAGGGAGUGAAGCGGCACCACAGAGCUACACAUUAGUGUGAAACACUGUGAGUCAGGUUUUACAGAACAGCUGGACUGGACGGCUGAUUCCUCUGAGCAGAGAAGAGAAAAAAGGCCCAGCAGCUGGAGAACAACCUGAAGAUGUUGGCUCUGAGGACGUUUGUUCUGCUGGGACUGAGCUGGACAUGUCAAGCUGCGUCUAGUGAUCCAUGGGGUCAGUGUCCAGUCAUCAGAAUGUGUAAGGACAAGUUUGGAGACGGGUCAUGUGACAGAGAGUGUAUGGAGCCCGAGUGUCUGAGAGACGGCUUCGACUGCCUGAAGGACAGGGGCCACUGCAAUCCGGGCCACAUCCAGUACUGCCGCGAUCACUAUGCCAACUCCCACUGCGAGCAGGGCUGCGACAGCGCCGCCUGUGGAUGGGACGGCAGCGACUGCUUCAAACACCAGAGACCCCUGUGGGCCAAAGGCACCCUGGUCCUUCACGCCAGCCUCCCACAACAUCGUGGAGCCUUCGCCAACAGCUCCCUGCUCUGGGCGCUCAGCAUCCUCCUCCAGUCGCCGCUCAAGCUGAGAGGGUCCGCGCCCCUCGCCACCGACAAGAGCUUGUUUGACUUCGACCAUCAGCAGCUCACCAAACUGCUGGCUCAGGCAUCUGCGGCUGACUCAGAUGGCUCCAUCCUUUUCCUCCAAGUGGACAACAGGCCAUGCUCCCGUCUGCCCUCUACCUGUUUCCCUUAUGCCACCGAGGCGGCCAGUUUCCUGCAUGCCGUAAUGUUGCUGAAGCCCGGCUUGUUCCCCACCCUCCCGGAGCUGAAGGCCGUCGUCAGUAUUAUGGGUGUCCGAGAGGAAAUAGGAAGCAGAGAGGAGGAAGCACUGAAAGAGGAAGUCAAAGAGCCGACUCCUGCAUGGCUUUGGGCCGUGAUCACCGUAGCGAUUGGCCUGCUGCUGGUGCUGGCCCUGGUGGCGUUCCUGGUGGUGAGGAGGGUGAGGCAGCGGCGGGCUCUGAGGGAGGGCGGUAACAGGUUGAGGCACCAGUCCACGGUCACAGACAACGACCCCAAAUCCAAGGCCCUGAUGCCGCACGUAGCCCACCAGGAGCAGAGGGUCAGAUCCAGCAGAGAGAAAGAGAAGGUCAGCUUGAGGAAAAAGAAGAAAGCGAAGGAGGCAGAGAAGAAGAGGAGGAGGGAGCCGUUGGGGGAGGACGCCAUUCGAAUGCGACCGCUCAAAAGGGACCAGGAUAUAGGAAGUGACACAGACUUUACCCAGAGUUCAAUGGAAGACAUCAACGCGAGAUGCUCCAUACGACAAGAGGACGCCUCCAUCUGUGACCACAGGACCCAGGAGCAGAAACACUACCGGGCCGGAACCUCACAGCCCCGCAGACCUGUUCAACCUCCACCUAGAGGAUGGGAGAGAAACGCCAUUCCUCCUCCCCUGCUCAGUCCUCCCCAGCAGUCUGCAGAGUGGUGUGGUCCGGACGGCUCUGUGGUUCUGAUCCGAGCGGUGCGUAGCGGGCUCGACAGAGUGGUGUUGGAGCUGCUGAGAGCGGGAGUACCUGUCAACAACACGGAUCAUACCGGGAGAUCAGCCCUGCACUGGGCAUGCUCAGUAAACCAUCUCACCCUAACAAGGACCCUCAUUCGCUACGGGUCGGCCGUGGACCUGCAAGACAACAAGGGCGAGACGGCGCUCUUCCUCUCCGCCCUCCAUGGUUGCUACGAUACGGCCAGACUUCUCCUCCUGCAUGGCGCCAACCUUGAGCUGCACGAUAGAAGAGGGCGUCGCCCGAUCGACGUGGCCAGAGAGGGCAUUCACCAUCAGGUCCUGGAGCUCCUGUUGGCUCACCAAAUUCAGAGAGGGCCCGUUCCCGUCGACACGGCCAAUGAGAUGCUUUGGGAGGAGCGUGCUCUGAUGUACUCGCCGUGGGUCGGAUCACAAGGCAUGCCGGGAAGAAGUGCCUCCUUCUCUGGGAUCAUAGGGCAUCGAGAUAUGACCCCACCUCCACAAAACGAUUGGUCGAUGAGCCGAGUGCAGUACUCCUCCCCUCAGAACUGGCGACCGCAGCUCAACCAAUCAGCAACAGCGCUGGUCCCACCAAGAGUCAUGGGCCGCUCCCCUCGGCCAAUCAGCACCUUGCAGGAGGUGACCUCAGAAGACGAGGACCGCGACAGGCAUCAGGAAGUCCCCAGAGCCGCGACACCUCACUUCCUGUCGCCCCAGCCCGCCCCUCGGCAGCGUUCCUUUUCCUGCACCCAACAUGCAUUGCAGCGUCGCUCCAGUGCCCACCAGCCAGAGCCCAAUUAUGUCAUUGUGACAGACAGAACAGUCCAUGAGCCCGUAGAAAGAGUGGUUGUUUCACCUCCCACAGAUGCUGCCGCCCAAUCAGAUCGCCCGCCAAUUGUGAAUGGCGGGCAUCCCAGUAGAGCAGAGCAUGUAGCGGCGGGUUCAACAAAUUCAGAGCACAAAUCCAGAGGUGAGAGGUCAAACAACACUACUGAGUCCACACAAACAGCCUUGUAGAGAAACCAGCAACAGAACUUCAGCUGCCUUUCCCUUCAGCCCAAAGAGAACGCAUCAAAGAACACAUGAAGAUAAUGACUGACAAUGGAGCUUUAUUGAGAUCUUAAUUAUUAUUCAAUAAGCAUCUGCUGGGUGUCGCUUGAAAAAGUUGAUUAAAACAUGGCAGCACCUCCCCAGUUUUCACUCACCUCGCCUAAAUUAUUAUCAUUAUAUUUUUUACUAAGGGGGGUUUAAUGUCUUUGUAAAUGUUCUGGUACAAGACACAGUUCACUAAUUAAUAAAGCAACAUGUCUGAGACGCAUGCCAGCCCAACAUGUGAUGAAGAUAACAGUCACGCUGAGACUGCAACAUCUUGUGAAUCUUGUUGCCAGAUAUUGUAAUAUAUAUUCACAUUGUCUUGACAUCUAACAGGUUAUAUUCUGAUUAUUCCGGAAAACAUUCAAAGAGAAAUUAUUAAAAAAAGGAAACGUGCGCAUGGAUGCACAAAGAUGUCAGAAUCCUGCUGAUGCGUGCAAUAAAGUGACAUUUCAUGCAAAUUAUAUGGAUUUUUGACGUUUUUUCCAAAUUCCCUCGCAUCGGAGUCAGCAUAAGUUUUUGCCCAGUUUGACUGAUAUUAUUAAUCAGUAUACUUUUUUUAUUUCACUUGCAAAAACAAUGUUCAAUGAUCAAACAUCACAGCAAAAUUAAGCAGAAUAUCAGGAUCAUUUUCAAAGUACAAGAGAUGAAUACUACCAAAAUACCUCAAAACCAUGACAAAUAGAAUUGUGUCAUCUUUUUUUAUUUGGAUGAUAUUAUGACUUGAUUAACAAGUACAGAUGAUCAGCCCUCUCGGUGAGCUUCACCAUGGCAGCACUCAGGUAAAAAGGCAGAAAAGUUCCCAGCAACCUGAUAUAGCAGGCUGCGCUCAUGAAGUCUCCAAAGUUUAGAAUCACUUUGGGUUGGUGACUCACCGUCCUCAACCACAUGUCUGUUAACCACAGGUUUGUGGCAGCAGUGGAGUCCCAGACCAGCAGCCACUGUCUGGAGAAAACGUCCUACUAUGCAUCGCCUGUUUGUAUCUGAUUCCAGAGGAGCAGCUGGUGAAUAGAGAGGGAUGCCAGAUAUCUUAUUAUUGUGUUCCUCCAUGCUUUCUGGGUUGUUUCUGUAGAAAUAUGAUCAGGUCUUAACUGACUCCUACAACAGUGUGCGUCAUAACAUUCUAGAAUG